CUUCUUGAAGAAACAUUCGAGUUAAAUCACUCUCACUAUCGUUUACGUUUUGCAGUCUGCGGUCGUUUAGGGAAGAAAAAAAUAGUGUGUCAGUUCCCCAUACUUGUGGCAAUUGGAUAUCAGCAGUAAAGGAUGAGGUUCAGAGAGAUUAUCUCCUUAUUCCUUCUUUAUUCCGUCCUGUGCGUCCUCAGCACAGAGGCGAGAAGAAUCAAAGUCAGACCUCCGUUACCCCAAGAAGAAGACCAAGAAGACACCCUCCACUACUACGCCGCUGAACCACAAGACGAAAACCAACAACAGGUGGUCUACAUAUCUUCGGCGGACCAAUACAACGGCCUGUACGGCCAACCGACUGCAGCCUCCAGGGCCAGCCAGGAAGAGUACAUCCCACGGUCCAAACCAUCAGCCCAUCUCAUCAGAAACAAAGAACCGGCUAGAGCGCCCCCAGUCCAGACCAUCAGGAACUACAACAAGGUGAACGAUGACGGAUCUUUCACCUUUGGGUAUGAAGCAGCUGAUGGAAGUUUCAAGGAGGAAACCAGAGGUACAGACUGCGUAGUACGUGGUAAAUACGGUUACGUCGAUCCUGACGGUAACAAAAGAGAAUUCACCUACGUAUCUGGAAAUCCAUGCGAUCCCAAUGCUCCCAAGGAGGAGGAAGAUAACGGUGAGCCAGAAUCCAACGAGCCUGACAACGGACCUGCCAACUACCCCACCAGACCUAUACGCCCGGUCGUAAGACCAGUACACGUGACCCCAUCGCCCAAACAAGCCGUUACAGUGUUCCAGAACAACUACGAUCAAGGUGAAGACGAGCAGCCUGAGCCAGAGCAGGUAUUAAGGCAACAGCCAAUUCGAAGACCUGCCACCUACAUCACCAGGCCUCAGUACAUCCAACAACCUCAGGAGUCUUCACCAGCUUAUCAACGACCACAACACUACCCAUCAACAACCCCAGCCUCCAUUCUCUACAGACAGAGUUACCAACCGGUCAGCAUCACACCAAGGCCACUAACAGCUUCCACUGCAUCUGCCACAGCUACUCCCACCACGUACAGGCCUCAACUCCUCCAAGUCGCUGUGACUCCAAGACCGUCCAUACUCUACACCAAAGGGCUGUCCAGCGCUGCAACUACAGCGUCUACUCCCACCAGACAGAACAUCGACUUUGACGCUGAGUUCCAAAGGUAUCAGCAGAGGUUGCAGCAUAGAUUCCAAGGGGAAAACCACAUAGCUUCUCCAACCGCAGCCUCCGUAGCUAAAUCAACACCAAAGGCCACCAAGGAGUCCAACUCAGGCCAAAUCUACUCUUCAGCUCUGGUCUACGACCCAUCAACCGGCCAAUACAACACCCAGCUCUACCAAUCUUUACCACAAACCGAGGGUGACUUCUCGCUGAACCAGAGGAUCCAACCCUACGUUCAUCAGCCUCAAAGAGCUCAAACAGUAAACAUCCAACAGCUCCAAGCGCAGAGUCCUCUUUAUUCAGGUCAUUUGAGAGCCCAAGCUAAUCCCCAACAAGCAUACCAACAGCAGCAAGCCGAGACCCAGUUCCAAAAUUCAGCUCAGUUAUACGCCCAACAGCAGAAGGCCAGGGUUUUGCAACAGCAGCAGCAAGAACAACAGCAACAACUGCUGCAUCAACAACAACAACAGCAGCAGCAGUUACAGCAACAACAGCAACAGCAACAGAGGCAACAACCAGCUCAGCAAUUCUACUACAUCCAGCCACAAAGCCAGCAAGAUGGCGGUAAUUUGGCUGCCUUUUUGAGAGGGCACAACAUCCAAUUCUAAUCCCCGUGGUUUAACCGGAGUUUGCGUGUAUUUGGACUUUCAACGAGUUCGAUCAAACCACUAUAAAUUCAUGGAACAUGGACAAGCGUAAAAAGGGGAAGAUUAAUGAUUCUAUGAUCGCGCGAGGUUAUAAAGAGUACGUUCCGCAACUUUCAUAUUACAUUCUUAAUUUCUACACAGUCUCAGUCGAUUUCUGCACUACUUAAAGAGAUAAACGCUUUCUUAUCAACAAAGUCACCGCGGGGGAUCAUUAAUCCUGCGAACAAAUGGAUAUAUUACAAAAAUCGAUAUCGAUUUAGCAACAUCUGAAAAUAAUCGCUUCACGCAAUGCUCGGUCUACUAAUUUGAUAUGGGGGCUAUGGGUGACCUCUGCAGUUCACAGCGAUAGUGAAAGUGCAGGGCAGUACCCAAGGCAGUCGCCUGCUAGCUCUAAAACAGUCACGCCCAAUUGCAUAACCUCCAAACAUGCAAGCUUCUGAUCGGGAUUGUCUUAAGAGAACGUGCCAAGCUAUUUGCGCCCCUUUCAAUACAUUACCACUCGAAAAUCGAUUCAAAAAGAGUUUUCCUCAUGCGGACAUGUUCCUGAAACCAUAGAAAAUUACCCUAAUUCUUCUUUUUGUUCACUUAAUGUGCCUCAUCGAACGAUCACUUAUUACCAAAUAGAUACUGUCUUGAUAUUUAUUGACGAUUAUUUUUUUUAGGUUAAGGAGAACAUGUACAUAUUAUUAUAUGUUUAUAUAUUUUAUUAUUGACUAUUUUGUUUUACUUUGUGUUUCGAAAAUUCUUGAUUAAAGACUUCCACGAUGAA